ACACGGAGGCGGUCCGAUGUCUGUUGUUGUUAUUUAGCACAAGUCGACUCGACAUCUUAAAAAGAGCAAACCUUAAUGAAAGUGUGUUUAUAAUUGUGGGAUUCGACACAGGGAGGAUAUUGGCUGACUCUUGAGUUAAAGAUGAGUAGCCAGUACCAGCGCAGUGUUCCUUUUGAGGUCAGAAGAUCCGAGGGGGAGAGAGUUCGUGCUAAACAUCCAGACAAAAUUCCGAUUAUUGUAGAAAGAGCUUCUCGGUCACGAGCCCCUGAACUUGACAAAAAGAAAUACCUUGUUCCCUCGGACCUCACAGUUGGUCAGCUGUGCUUCCUAAUUAGGCAGCGAGUUUCCAUGAGGCCAGAAGAAGCGCUCUUCUUUUUUGUCAACAAUUCCCUUCCUCCUUCAAGUUCCCCUCUUUCAGUUGUGUACGAGGAACAUCAUGAAGAGGACCUGUUCCUGUAUAUGACUUACAGCAAUGAAAGUGUGUAUGGUGCCUAAGAGGACACAAAAGGAUUGUUAUGGGAGGAAAAGGACGAGACAGAAGAAGGGAGGAGGCGAUGAUUAGUCUAUGUUGAUUUAGGCUAAGCUUGGUGUGGCAUUGAAUUUCAACUCAUUUUGGGGCCAUUAUGGGCUUUGACUAUACCUGCAACAGUAUGGCUUUGUAUCAUGGCAUGACUAAUGGAGUGUAAAGGCUGAUUUAGACUUCUGCUUAGAUUUUUUUGUCAAGACACAAAGGUUUAUGAGUGAUCAUAGCUGGCAAAGCUGGUGUGCAAAAUGCUGUGCUAUGCAUCCAGCCCAUCAAACAUUGAUGGAUCAAAUAUUGGAAUUGGAACGUGACCCAAGUAGUUUUUGACCCUGACCAGAAUUAGCACAGAAGUGGACCAGUUCAAAGGCCAUCGGUUCAUCGAUUAAUUCGUUUUGCCUCACAUGAUUUGUCGUAGUUGGUCCAGUGCCAUCCAAAAAGUGGGCACAAGGCAGGAAUAAAUCUGAGACAGGGCUCCAACCUGUCACAAGCCAUCACUCUCCAACCUAUUCGCUUACUUACAUGAAAAGGCAAUUUGAAUUAACAAGUCCUCCUUCUGCUUGUUUUUGAAAGGUGGAAGGAAUUUAAAGAAAACCCAUGUGAAAGUUUUCUCAGGCAGUGACUGGGGGAAAGACACAAACCCAGCUCCCCAAGACUCUGCUGUGUGAAAUCAACUCUAACAAUGUGCAACAAACAAAUGUGCAAUUUUUUAAACAAGGUUUUUAUGAGCCGUCUCUGUAUCAAACAUGCCAGCAUGCUAAACUAUACUGCUAUACUAUGCUAACUAUACAUGCUAAACUAUAAAACUGAGAGUUUUAGUUAUGUUUCCAAUGACUUAGAAAAAGCAUCAGAUAGAUCAGUAUUAUUAACAAAAGAUGGAAUUAAUUCAUAUUUGCAUUAUCUGAUCAUUGUAGUUACAAGACUAAUGAGGCAACUUACAAAGCUCAACAUAAAAAUUAAAACUGAUAUUGAUUAACACUAAGUAACGGUAAAAGAUUACUAAACCAGAUUAGUGUAUAUAAGAACGUGUGCAGAACAUGAACAGUGUUUAAAAACAGCCCUGCACUACAGGCCAACACUACCUAUCAGCAUACAUUACAUUAGUGAUUGUAGUUAAUGGGCUGCACAUUAAAGACCUGUAGUAUUACUUCUGUACCUUGUUGUGUGGUACAUGUGACCAGCUCCUUAAUAGACCCUGUUGCAUUUUGGCUUGCUUUUACUUGUUCUCAGAUACACAAAUGCAGAAGUAUAAAUCGACCCCAAGAAAGUGAGACAUUUUAAAAGAUUGGAGGAUUUAAGAAACUGAUGUAGUACAAAGUUUCAAUGACUUUCUUCCAGGAGUGACUCUGUAUUUAAUGCAAAUACUAUUUUUUGUAAAGUUAUAUAAUAAAUUUUGUUCAAAUGG